UUUUUCACUGAAUUGAAUCAUUAAACAAGACAUGGUAAAAUCGUGACUGUUGAUUUCUAUUGAUAAACACUUACGUAUGCGAAGAAGUGCGUAGAUUGUGAUUGUUUUUAAGAUGAGCGAAGAAGAUAAUGCCUUGUUGAACCAGUCGGAGAGCAGUUCCUUUGAGGAUCUGGCGACAGCUCACGAGAUAGAGGAGGCGAAACUGGCCGAGGCCGCGGCAGCGGAGACUGAGAAACCCGUAGAGAGCAAAACUGACGAGUGGCAAGAUGUGCUUGGAUCAGGUGCCCUACUUAAAAAGAUUUUAAAGCCCGGAGAUGAAUCAGAAGGCCUGAGACCACACAGAAGUGAUAUAUGUCGGAUAAGCUAUGAGCUGAAGAUCCGAGGUGGCAACGGAGACAUAUUUGAGAAGAGGGAUCAUGUUAAAAUUUAUCUGGGAGAUAACGAGAUACUACAAGGAUUGGACUUAGCACUCACACUUAUGUACAAAGGGGAAGAAUGCCUUCUUCAAAUAGCGCCACGUUUUGCGUACGGAGACGUAGGUCUGAAGCCUGGUGUGAACCAAGGUUUGGUUGGGGAGAGCACUUUAGUAAAUUAUGAGGGCCCGGUGAUUGGUCCGGAAACAUGGUUGGAGGCACGAUUGGAACUGCAUGAUUGGAGCGAAGAACCUGAACAUGAAACGUUAUCCAUUGCUGAGAGAAUGGAAAUUGGAACCCGCCGCCGCGGCCGCGGCAACUGGUGGUACGGGCGGGGCGAGGCGCAGCUGGCCGUGCAGCUGUACCGGCGCGCGCUGGACGCGCUGGACGAGGCGGAGGGCGGCAUCACGGAGCCCACCGCCACCGGCGAGCUCCCGCCCACCUCGGACGAGCUGCGCGCGCUGCUGGACGAGCGCCUGCGAGUGCACAACAACAUGGCCGCCGCGCAGCUCAAGGCGGGCGUGUACGAGGCGGCGCUGCAGGCAGUGACCCGCGUACUAUCCUGCCAACCCCAAAACGCGAAAGCCCUAUACCGGAAGUCGCGCAUCCUAUCCGCCAUGGGUCGCAACUCGGAAGCCCUAGAGGCCGCUCGAGCGGCGGCGGCCGCGGCACCUGAUGACGCUUUGGCGAGGAAGGAACUCCAGCGCUGUGAACAGAGAAACACCAGAGACCGCUCGGUAGAGCGCCGGCUGGCUAAGAGGAUGUUAGGCACGCAAGCACCUAAGGGCAGCCCUGAUAAGAAACCAUCCAAAGCUAAGAUGCUGAUGUGGGGCCUGCUGAGCCUGCUGGUGGGCGUGGCUAGCGUGCUCGUGUACCGGUACAAGAUGCAGGGACAUUGAUGAGCGUGCAGCAGCGGGUUGAGAUAGAAUUGAUAUUCCAAUGAGGCGGCGGGGAAGGAAGGUCGGCUACGUACAGUUCAUAUCAUUAUAGGCGCUUGUUUGCUUACGGCAGCGAGCUUCAUAUCGAGCAAUUAAAUAUUAUGCAACUUAAAUCCUCUAAAAUGCAAUUUUACAUUGCUUAUUUUGUAUUUUUUAUAUGCUAAGUUUUAUUACAAUUUUGUUAAAAGCUUCAGAUUUGAUUCUGGGUAAUCAUUUAUGCCUCGGUUACACGUAAUGAGUAGAGUGGCGAGACAGAC